CACGGACGGGACGGGACGGAAUCUGAUCUGCUGUUGAACACUGACUGAAACUGAACAUCAGUGAAGUGUACGAGUGGAAAGACCAACCGAGAGUGCGGUGAGUCAGUCAGAAUCGAACGUUGUUCGCAGUUGGACGCGCACGCAGCACCAAUAGGAAUAUUAUUACACCAUACACACUAAUUUCGUUUUACAAGUUCUUAGUUAGCAUUACUAGAAGUGUUGUAGUUCGUACGAUAUAGUUAGAAGCAAUCGAAUUCUAAUAAGAAGUACAGAAUAUUAUCUUUUGGCCAAAAACAGGAAUAAUAUUCUCCGCGGGCGGGCGUGGUGUUAAAACUGUUUCAUAAAUCGGAAAAAAAGUUUAUCCUGGUGAAUUGAAGCAAUCAGUUUUAUUUAUGGGAGAGUGAGAGUUGUCCCUGCUUACCGUACUGUGUUAGGUCCUCGGUGAAAAAGGAUCUGCCUCUCCCUGGUCAGGAAUCCUGACUGCCAUCAUAGCAUAUCGCGUGCGUGUGAGUUGAGUGGUGAGGUGGUGCGCCAGACAGUAGUGACGGGAAAAAUCAACAGACAGUCGAAUCUGGAAGAGUUUUUUUCCUGCCUUCUUUCGUCGUCACUCACUCGAUACCCACUUGCUGGUGUGUGAGUGUUGCGGGCACGUUUGUCUGUGAAAGGGUUUUGUGAAUGUGAAAGGCCCUCUGGCGGUGCUGCUGCAAUAAACAGAAAUUCAGCAAAGAGCACCGCACAUACCGAAGAAAACGGAAAAGUUGUGGAAGAAGUGGCGUUGGGCAGUGGGCUAGAAGAAGCGAGGAAGAGCGAGUCACGAUCAAGUCUUAAACAUCCGGUCUACUGCGAUCGUACAGAGGGAAUUGCCAUUAUCAGUGUGGAUUGCAACUUUUUUUGUGUGUCGCGAGAUUUAUCAACACUGAUUUUAAUCGGUGUCCGAAGCAAACAAGAUAAGCCGUUUCGGGACGGUGUGGUUCACGGGAGAUAAAAGGUGUUGAAUUUGCAGUCACAAAACAGCAACAGUCUGCUGUACGUUCCCUGGAAUAUAGUAGGCAGCGAUUCGGCCGUAUGUGUUCGUGUUUGCACAAAUACCCAUAGAAGGGGCUUAGAAAAGGCAAACUACACGCGACUGUAACGUAGCAGGCAGCAGCAGCAGCUGAGGCAAAAGAAACUCGAAAGCGAAAUUGUGUGAGUGUUGCAAGGGGCGAAAGAUAGCAACAGCAUCAGCAAUAGUGCAGCCAAUAACACAGAAACAUAAGGCAGGAUUGUUUUCGAUUUUGAGACGAAAAAUUCCGUGGAAAAAAUCGGGCAGGUGGCAAACAUUACACUUUUAUAAAAUCCGACGCGAAAUUUGCUUCAGUGUCGAAGGAGGAAUUUGUCAAGUGUUUGUCGCGUCAAAUGUUUCUCCUCCGUGGUGCAAGUUCAAGCAAAGUAGCCUGCUGCGACCCGUGUGUUUACAUUGAAGCUUGCCUUGGAAAUUAACAUAAGAGUCUCCGCCGUGUCGAGCUUCUGUGAGCUGUGUGUAGAAUUACUAUCGAAAUAGAAACCAAUCCCCGUGUCGAUCUGCGUCGACCUACCACCCCCUUGUGUAAAGCUCGUUUGGAGGUCACCACAAUCGUUUGAGUGAGAGUGCGUCGGGAGUGUGAAACCAAGUGCCAAUUCUUUCAUUAAGAAGAGAAAAAUAUUAGAUUUAUAGUAUAAGGAAAAUAUUCUAGAACCUGCCAAGUGAUUUGCAUCAGUGUCAGUCGGUUAAGUUUUUCCUGUUGCAAUAUUUUGCACCAAAACGAAUAGCUAGCUAUACGAGAUAAGAUUAGAAGGCGUGAAUAGAGAAGGCAGCAUGUUACUACCGGAAGGUUUUCGACACGUCGGCGAUGGCCGGCUGGACGUGGACGAGUCCCGGCUGCAGCAGUUGCGGGUCCAGCAGGACUUGGCCGAGAUCUACGACAUCGAGGAGAGCUGGUUUGCAAAAGGAAAGUACGGCAUCGUUCGGCGAGCGGUCGACAAGAAAACCGGCGUCAACUAUGCCGCCAAGUUCCUGCGCCGGCGGCGCCGCGGCCAGUGCUGCGCCAAGGAGAUCAACCACGAGAUAGCGGUGCUGAUGCUGUGCGCCAACUCGCAACACAUCGUGCGGCUGCACGCCGUCCACGAAACCCGCCAGGAAACCGCACUGAUUCUGGAACUGGCAACCGGUGGCGAACUGCAGACCAUGAUCGACAGCAAAGGGCAGCUUUCGGAAGCGAAAACUCGAACCUGUAUGCGCGAGAUUCUGCGCGCUCUGAACCACAUGCACAAGCAGUCCAUCGCACAUCUGGACCUGAAGCCGCAGAACAUCCUGCUCAGUGGCGGCGAUGUUGAAGAUGGUCUGAAACUGUGCGACUUCGGUAUCGCGCGUAUCGUCGAGGAUACGGGCAAGAUAUACGAGAUCCUGGGCACGCCGGACUACGUCGCGCCCGAGGUGCUCCACUACGAACCGCUGUCCCUGCGGACGGACAUCUGGUCGAUCGGGGUGCUCACGUACGUGCUGCUGACCGGGUUUUCGCCCUUCGCCGGCGACAACAAGCAGGAAACGUUCCUCAAUAUUACCAAAUGUUUGCUCACCUUCCCGGAGGACCUGUUUGAGGACGUGUCCGAAGAUGCCAUCGACUUCAUCAAGAGCACGCUUCGGAUCAAACCAAAUCGAAGACUGUCUGGAACAUCGGUGGCUCAGGGAAGACAGCAUCAGCCGGACUAGUGAAGCAUUGGCAGCCUCCGUCACCGCCCAAAUAGAAACGGAAUCCUACCCGACGACGAACGGUCACAUCCACAAGCAGACCAUCGAAAUCGUGCUCAGCAAUGGCCAUAGUACCACCAAUGGGUACAGUUCGUCACCGCCCUCGGAAGGGAAGUCGGAACCGAGUUCUCCUGCAUCCGAUAAGGUGACGGUGGCACCAGAAGAAGAGGUCGACGACGAGGCGGAAACCAACAAAGAGAACGUUCUAGUACAAAAUGGUGGCACUCAGCAGGCGCCACAGCCACCGCAGCUAACCAGCGUUGUGGAAAUCGUGACCGUUUCGCUCUUCCCGGACGCACCCACCACCCCAAAAGUAAGCCGCAAGGCGCCACCUUCCGAGCAGCACCAGAACCACCACCAUCACCACCACAACCACAAUCACACCCACCACCAUCACAGUAACCACAGCAACAGCAACAACAAUAACAACAACAGCAGCAGCGUCGUCGUCGUGACAUCCUCCGCGACGGCGACGGCGACGUCCCCAUCGGUCAAGGCUUACGUACAAAAGUUCCAGCAGCUGCACCAGCCGCACAACGACUCAACGGCGACCGUUAUGCUUCCGACGACGAUGGAGAACGGCUUCUGUGCCGUGGCCGCUGCCACGCUACGCUGCCUCAAGUGCAGCGAGGAGACGCCCGGCGCCGGAGUGACCAGCCGGAAGACGCUGCAACAGCCGCCGUGCGUCGGCGAAAAGGGCAUCAUCUGCUGAGAACCGCUUCCCGGGCUCACCGGGAGACCGUUGGUCCGCCGGUAGUAGUGCCCGUGGGUCGUCAGAGCAAUGCCGACGCUUGAAGCGUCGCCGCUGGUGUACUUAUGCAUAUAGUCGUCGUCAGUCAUCGUCAGACUUCUCCGUUGUAGAGAAGUGGAGAGAACAAAGCAAGCGCACGAGAAUUCAGUACAGUCGGAAUCGUAGGGAUUGUUAUGCGUCGCGUGUAUCAUAGUAGUAAUCGUAGUAAGCAGUUGCGGAUGGAUUUACGUUUUUCUUUUAUUAUUGCUUUUUGAGCGAGAUUUUUCCUCGCGUUGUUUAGUAGGAUGAACCUUUUCUUUAUUUUCUGUUCGUUUUCACCCUGUAGCUUGGAUUGGUACCUAUAUUUUUCUUUCUUUCUAUGAAUAAAUGGAAGCUUAGAUGGACAUUGGAGACUUUCAGAAGUGUGGAAAGGCUUGGGGCUUCGGGACCUAACCUCUCUUCAAUGCGUCUGUUGUAUGGGCAACCCACUGAUCAAAGUGAACAUGUGUCUUGAACUGUUAAAAUUGUUGACACAUAACCAUGAAUGAUUAUAAACUGGUGCAUGUUUAUUACCUCUGAAAGGUCAUUCAUAAUCUGAAACCGGAUUAUGCAUGGCCACUUAGAGCAUACAAUCUGAAAAGUGUUAAAAUUGCAUUCAUUGAGCCUUCCAUAAGGUGUCCCCAAUAUCUAGUUCUACUUCCUCACAACAGAUGUCGCUAUUCUGUCAACUUCCAAAGCAUUUCCCAAACCAAAUUGUUAUUUCCAUUAUUUAUUGUUUAUUUAAAUUGUCAAACAUUUGAAAACCCCCGAAAAUUUUGAGGAUAUGCUCAUAUUAUUUAUUUGACACACUUUCCCACAUUGGCUACGACAUAACCUCAAAAACUGCAACGUCAAAUUAUCACAACAACAGUGAGUGGAGCAGCAAGGUUUCUCCAUGUCCAAUGUUGGUGCCUUCAAUGUAUAAACCCUUGCGCUUUAAACAACAAAUCGAAAUCCUUCUCCAUCCGUCGUGAUCCCUCGUGGAAUCGAAGUGCUUUUUAUAGAAAACAAAAUCUAGAGAAACAAAAUGGCGGCCAAAAAUGUCCGCUCCUAUUCGAUCUACUUCGAAGCGCCUUCUAAGAGUGUUCGUGUGUGAACGCACGAUCUAGUAUGUAUGUGUGUGAAGUACGUGAAGCGAUCAGCUUAUUAAAGCAUCAGCCUGCCUUAGCUUAACGAAAAUAAAUCAAUUUUUAACGACGAAAACCCCAUAGAUGACGAAGGAGGCGAGGCGUGCGCGAGUGUGUGAGUGUAAAUAUCUGAUUUCCCAGAAGAACAAGAAGAAACCGAAACGCUGGGGAAUGUCUUUGUAAAUUAGUUACUUCCCAAACUAUGCAACCCGACAAAACAAUUGCGUUACAAAACAAAUUCGCUAACGAUUAGAUUUUUUCCUAGGUUAUAAUUUUUAAAAUAUUCAAACCAACGCUUUUAACUUAUUUGUUUAUUUGUCAAACUCUACUUUUUGUCUUUUCUAUAUUUUCCCUCUUAACAUUUUACCUAGAUCAACACCAACACAAACAAAACUACUUAGGCUAAGAAUCGUGUUUUGAGUCAACUUUCGUUUUCUAAGCGUGUACAUAUUAAAUCUAAAACUUUAACUUUUAACCCUAGUUUUUAUCAAACAAACACUGUGUAUCCCCUUUUUUAAGUUUUUAACGAACUAUGAACUUUUAAUCCUACCUGCACACACACUAUGGCGCCAAUUAGUACUACUACAGAAAGUUACUCGGUUUUAGUAAAAACCAACUGCGAAUUGAGUUCAAAACAACACUGACCUUCUAAAUUUUUCGGUUUUGUUGGCGAUAUGAAAUGCCACCGCGCCGGCAACGAGCUAAACGUAGUCCUAUCGUUACGUCCGGUAGGAGUUCUUUAGCCUGCCUGCAGUUUGGUUGUCCGGCGUGAGUUAGGAGCGAGUUAGGAAGGGUGAGCGAAAAAGACAAAUUGAUGGAAAAGCGCUCGCCCGCGACGUGUGUUAACAAGUAUGAGAAUGCUGUAUGUAAUGUAGUGAGUCGCGCAGAAAUAGACCUUAUUGUAAAACAUUAUGAAAAAUA